AUGAUGACUUCGGUGAGCAGUGACCGGUCCAGAGGUGCUAGGGAAAAACCACAGAUUUCAGCGACACAGGGAACACAACUACAGAAACAAGUGGUACAGGCAACAGCUGAACAGAUGCGUCUUGCUCAAGUGAUCUUUGAUAAAAAUGAUUCAGAGUUUGAAGCUAAAGUUAAACAGCUUAUGGAGGUGACAGGAAAAAAUCAGGAUGAAUGCAUUGUGGCUCUACAUGACUGUAAUGGAGAUGUCAACAAAGCUAUCAACAUAUUGCUGGAGGGAAAUUCAGACACUACUUCAUGGGAGACUGUAGGAGGGAAGAAGAAGAAUUUUGGAAAAGAAAGUUCAGAAAACAAAGAGAAUAGAGAGAAGAGAAGUGAGAGAGAAGUGAGCCGUGGACGUGGAAACAACAGCCGGAAAGUAAGAGGUGGCAGUCGCGGGAGAGAGUUUAGAGGUGAAGAGAAUGGAAUUGAUUGCAAUCAAGGGGACAAGCCUUCAGAUCGAGGCAAGCGAGCUCGUGGUAGAGGAUUUGGGCGUGGCAGAGGGAGAGGGGCAGGAAGAUUCUCAACCCAAGGCAUGGGGACAUUUAAUCCUGCGGACUAUUCAGAUUCUCCAUCUAUAGAUGGGUGUGGGACAAAACCAGUAGUUUGGGAAGCUGCUCAGAAUGGUGCAGAUGAGGGAACUGGGGCCUGGAAGAAUUCUGUGGAAGAGUGGACAGCGGAAGACUGGACUGAAGAUCUUUCGGAAACAAAAGUCUUCACUUCCUCAUCUGUUCCAGCAGAGAAUCAUGUCACACCUGGGCAAAGUGUUGAUCUGGUAGCCUUGCUCCAGAAGCCUGUUCCUCCCUGUCAAGCCCCAGAAGUCAACUCCUUUGAAGCUUCCCAACAGCAGAGCUUUGGCCAAGCCCUUGUCUUCACGAACUCUCAGCACAACAGUCAGUUGGCACCAGGGACUGGCGGCUCCGCUGCUGUCAACUCCUAUCCACCUCAGAGUUUGUCAUCCGUCCUUGGUUCAGGAUUUGGAGAGCUUGCCCCUUCAAAAAUGGCGAACAUUACCAGCUCCCAGAUUUUGGACCAGUUGAAAGCUCCGAGUUUGGGCCAGUUUACCACCACCUCAAGUUCACAGCAAAAUAGUACGAGUUCUCCCACAACCACUUCUUCUUGGGACCUCAAGCCUCCAGCCUCCCAGUCCUCAGUCCUUAGUCAUUUUGACUUCAAAUCUCAGCCUGAACCAUCCCCUGUUCUUAGCCAGCUGAGCCAACGGCAGCAGCACCAGACUCAGGCCGUCACUGCUCCUCCUCCUGGGUUGGAGUCCUUCCCUCCCCAGGUGAAGCUCCGGGAGGCAGCACCCAGAGACAGCGGUACCUCCACUGUGAACAAACUCCUGCAGCUCCCCAGCGUGACUGUGGGAAACACUGCGGUGUCUGCUCACCAACCGCAGCCCAGACACACCAGGCUCCCGAAGUCUCGGCGAAUACCUCCAGCUUCCAAGAUCCCAGCUUCUGCAGUGGAAAUGCCUGGAUCAGCAGAUGUCACAGGAUUAAAUGUCCAGUUUGGCGCCUUGGAAUUUGGAUCAGAACCUUCUCUCUCUGAAUUUGGAUCAGCUGCAAGCAGUGAAAAUAGUAGCCAGAUUCCCAUUAGCUUGUAUUCAAAAUCUUUAAGUGAUUCUUUGAAUACCUCCCUACCAAUGACCAGUGCAGUACAGAACUCCACCUACACAACUUCCGUCAUUACCUCCUCCAGUCUGACCAGCUCCUCGUUGAGCUCCACUAGUCCAGUAACGACGUCUUCCUCCUACGACCAGAGUUCUGUGCAUAACAGGAUCGCAUACCAAAGCUCUGUGAGUCCGUCGGAGUCAGCUCCAGGAACCAUCACGAAUGGACAUGGUGGUAGUCGAAGUCAGCAGACAGUAGACACUACUUCAUCCGUUCCAGCUCCAAAGACAACAGACCCUCCUUCUGCCCUCCCGUCUGUGGCCUCCUUGCCCAGCACCACCUCCUGCGCUCCGCUUCUGCCCCCUGCAUCCCAGCACACUGCCACUCUGCCCUCCCUGUCCCAGCCCGGGGACCUGUCCAGCAGUCCCCUCUCUCAGCUCAGCAGCUCCCUCUCCAGCCACCAGAGCAGCCUCGCCUCCACUCACACGCCGCUCUCUGCCAGCACAUCCCACACACAUGCCAGCGUGGACAGUGCCCCUUCCCUCCAGCCCUCGGCCACCUUCUCAACGGCAGCAACUUCCGCCUCGGGCGCCGUGUCCUCAGGGCUCAGCUUGCCGAGCGGCAUGAACACAGUCAACAGCCUGUGCCUGGGCAGUGCCCCCGGGAGUGCCCCCAGCAGCAGUGCCAGGGCUGCACCUUUGAUGACCUCAGGCAAAGCACCCCCCAACCUGCCCCAGGGGGUGCCUCCCCUGCUGCACAACCAGUACCUCGUGGGCCCCGGAGGACUGCUUCCUGCCUACCCGAUUUAUGGCUAUGACGAGCUCCAGAUGCUGCAGUCACGGCUGCCAAUGGAUUACUAUGGGAUCCCUUUCGCUACACCCCCAGCCCUUGCCAGUCGAGAUGGGAGCCUCACCAGUAACCCAUAUUCAGGUGAUGUCACCAAGUUCGGCCGAGGUGACUCUGCGUCCCCCGCACCACCCACCACCCUGGCUCAGCCCCAGCAGAGCCAGUCCCAGGCCCACCAUGCGGCUCAGCAGCCCUUCCUGAACCCCGCCCUGCCGCCCGGCUACAGCUACACCGGCCUCCCCUACUACACGGGCCUGCCCGGUGCCUUCCAGUACGGGCCCGCCAUGUUUGUGCCCCCGGCCUCAGCCAAGCAGCACGGGGUGAGCCUCAGCACUGGCGCCACGCCCUUCCAGCAGGCCAGCGGAUACGGCCAGCACAGCUACAGCACCGGUUAUGACGACCUGACCCCGGGCACCGCAGCGGGAGACUACAGCAAGGGUGGCUAUGGUGGAUCAUCCCAGACGCAGAACAAGGCUGCAGGCUCUGGGCCUGGCAAAGGAGUGUCGGGGACUUCGAGCACCUCUGGCCUCCCUGAUAUGACUGGGUCUGUCUACAACAAGACUCAGACGUUUGACAAGCAGGGAUUCCAUGCAGGGACUCCACCCCCAUUCAGCCUGCCCUCGGCCUUGGGCUCCACUGGGCCCUUGGGCCCUGGAGCGGCGCCCGGGUACGCGCCCCCACCGUUCCUGCACAUCCUGCCCGCCCACCAGCAGCCUCCCUCGCAGCUGCUGCACCACCACCUCCCGCAGGACGCUCAGAGCGGUUCCAGUCAGCGCAACCAGCCCAGCUCACUGCAGCCCAAGUCGCAACCCUCCAAACCUGCCUACGGCAACUCUCCAUACUGGACAAACUGA